UUUGCGGGGCGAUCAUUUCCUGGUCGACAGGCGAGUUAACGUGAGCGCGGCCGGCGUGUGGACCCGGGGGAGGAGAGGAGAGGAGCCGCCGUGGCCCGGGGGCUGAGUCUCCGGCUGUCACUCAUGCGGCGGCCCUACUCUGAUAUUCACCGCUCAGCUGUCGGAGAACCCGGGUACUGACCAAGUAGGAAGAAAUGAGGACUGGAUUUUGGCUUUGGGCUGCUAGAAGGCACCUGUUCACCCGGCGAAGCUGCAGUUUUCAACAAAACACCUCCGUGCUGCCAGAACGAUUUCAGAUAUGGAGAAGUUACAAAAUGAAAUAUCAGAGGUUAAAAACAAGUGAUGGACCAUACCGCUCAGCGAGAAAUCCAGAUGCUUGGCGGAGCUGGAUUCAACCUAAUUCAAUGUUGCUAUCUUGCACAAGACAUCAGUCAGUUUUCAGAAAUACCAUACGUAAUGUAGCACUUCUAUCUAAAAGGUCACCAGGCAUCAAUCUGAGCCCACUCUCCUUCAGUGACUUUUCUCACUGCACAAGAUGUAAGCCGGCUUGUGUCUUGUCAAGAAAAUGUUUUAAUGCUAAAGAAACUGCUGACCUACAUAAAGACUUCCACACAACAUCUCGAGUCCUAGCCUUUCCAAUCCCUCUCAUUUGGAUGCUGCUGACGCCCCUCAAGAAAAUUUUGACAAUGAUUCUUGGCAGGAGCAUACGGAAAUGGUGGCAGGCUCUCCCACCUGACAAGCAGGUGGAGCUCAAGGACAAGGCGAAAAGGAACAAGUGGAGCAUUUUGCUCAGUUUAUGUGGCCUGUCUGGUGUGAUUGGAAUAUAUUUCUGGACCCACCUGGAUAAGAGUCCGAUCACAGGACGCAGACGCCUACUGGUGUUCAGCAAACGACAGUUCCUGCGGCUGGCUGAAUUUGAGUACCAGUCGGUGCUGGAGAAGUACAAGGAUAAAUUUCUGCCUACGACUGCUCCAAUCUACAAGUCCAUUCAGUUGGUUUUCAACCAUUUGGUUGAGAAAAACAAAGAUAUACCUGGAAUUACUGAGACCAAGUGGAUUCUUAAUGUUGUGGAUGAUCCAGAGAUAAAUGCCUUUGUCUUGCCAAAUGGGCAGGUGUUUGUUUUGAUGGGACUGUUGAAAGCUGUGGCAGACGUCGAUCAACUGGCUUGUAUUCUCGGUCAUGAGAUGGCUCAUUGUCUCCUUGCACAUGGGGCUGAACAUGCAAGUAUUAUUCAGCUCCUUGAUUUUGUGUCCCUCGUUUUUCUGACACUUAUUUGGGCUGUGUUCCCUCGGGACAGUCUUGCCCUCCUGGGGCAGUGGAUUCAAGGCAAACUGAUCCAGUACAUGUUUGAUAGACCCUACAGCCGAAAACUGGAGAUUGAAGCUGAUGAAGUUGGACUGCAACUUGCUGCUAAGGCAUGCGUGGAUGUGAGAUCCAGCAGCGUAUAUUGGCAGCAACUGGAGUUGAUGAAGAUUGCUACUGGAACAUGUCAAAUUCCUGAAUGGUUUUCCACACAUCCGUCAAAUCAACACCGAAUUCAACACCUAGACAACCUGAUUCCUAAGGCUCUCAAGCUGCGAGAGGACUGUGGUUGCCCUUCCCUACCGAGUAUAGACCCACGGUUGGUUUUCAAGCUUAGCAUGGAGGAACUGAUGAACCGUUUGAAGAAGUGGGAUGAACCAAUCUGCAGAGUUUCUGGAGACGAGCAGCUACCUCCACAACGUGAACUUGAGCCAAUCUUCAUGAAGAGAAUACCUGCUGUAGUUGCAGUACAGGCACUCCAAAACACAGUCAGCUCUCAGAAUUAAAUGUAUUUUAUAUCAUGCACUGCAAAUAAGCAAUUUGUGUUUCUAAGUUAACUGAAAAGAGGGAAUUGGAAAUAAUGUGGUUCUAAAAACAAUUAUUUUGUGUAUUCUUGAUUUUUUUAGGGUUCUUCUGGUUGUUCUUUGAUUGUUUCUUCAGUUGGGAAUGGUUUUGUUUUGUUCUAACAACGUGGAAAAUCUACUACUUGGGGAAAACAUAGUUUGUGACAAGGCCUCUUGGAAUAUCAAUUCACAGCUAUGUUCUUUAGAGUCCCUGUGGCAAAAAAAACAUAUUAGCAGCGAUGGAUUUCUGGCCAGUGAGUCCUUUUCUUAAGGUGAUUAUGUGAUAAUCAUGGGAUGUGUAUGAUUUAAAGCAAACUAUGUGAAAAACGUUGUAAAUUAAUCCAGAGCACAAGAGAUUGUAGAUGCUGGAAUCUGGAGUAAAAAAUAAACUGCAAACCCUCCACAGAUGUUGCCUGAUGCCCAAAGUUCCUCCAGCAGCUUGAGUAAGAGGACAUUGGUGGAGUAAAGGAUUGGAACAAUGAGAGGUCAAUAGAACAGGCUGAAAGUGCUAUAGACCUGCACGGGAAGGUAGAUGCUCCCACCCCCACGAGUCUCGGGCAGAUGGGGCUCGUCAGCCUGGGAAGGCAGUCCAUCUAGGAGAAGGAAAACUCUGAUUUUAAACCUCCACUGCUUGUGGCCAUAUCCAGUCAUAGAAAAGGCUCCAGGAGUAAACCUCAAGAAAAUCCGGAGUCGGAGCCGCUAAGGCAGUUCGUCGUUGUCUACAAUCUCGACCUGGCUGCUCCUGCGACGGUGCUGGUGCCAAACUGUUACGGCCCUUUGGAUCGAUCAGCGACAUGGAGGGGAGGGGGGGCAACAGCCUGUCCUCCAUAUGACAUCGCCCAGGCUUGCAUCCAACCAGGAUGCGUCACCCAUGGUCAGUCAUGACCGAGGGGGGCCUACUACAUGAGUUUGGUGAUAAUAUUUAGAGCUGCUGCUCUUAUCAAAUGCAGGUACAAACUGCAAACUUUGCAGUGUUUUUUAACGAUAGAAUUGAAUUACUUCUAUGAUAUAUUUUGUCCAUUACACCUGAGUACUGCUUGGUAAAAAUAAAAUGUCUCUAUUAAUGGGGGAAACGCAUUCUGCUUUUACAUUUUUUGAUCGGUAAGAAUCUCUCAGUACCUUCCAAAGUGCAGGGUUAAUAAUUCUCCCUGUUGGUGGGGAACAGUAGAAAUGUCGUACAAAAUAGAUUUCCUAUUAGAUGUAUGCAGUUUUAAUUGCAAUGAAUUUGAAGAAAUUCUUGUACAUAAAAUAUUUUUCUGAAUUAUGAAUAUCUGCCAUUUUCAUAUAUAUCAUACUGGCCUUGUACACUCAAACAAAUAAAACGUUGCCUAAGUAAUAA